CCGCCGAGCCAGCAACACACUCCCCUCACCUCUCCUCACACUCACUCACUCACGCACUCACUCACUCAAGAUACAAAGGGAAACCUCCAGCCGCGUCUCUUAAGAGGCGGUGAUGGCGAGGAAGGUGGCUGUGGUGGUGGUGGCGGUGGUGGUGGUGGCUGUGAUGGUGUCAGAAACUCAAUCGGCCACGCCACACGCACACGCACACGCACGGACGCCCAUGCAAGAGGCACCCCUGGACCACGGCGACACACUCACAUACACACAAACACAGGAGAGAGCGGUGAUAGAUGCGGAGGAGGGGGUGGAGGAGGUGGAAGAGGAGGUGGAGGAGGUGGAGGAGGAGCCGAUGCCACUCCACUUCUCCACCUCAGACAACGUGAAUGUAAUUAUGGCGUGUAUUGAAGCUCUAGGCUCUAAGGACCUCCCUAAGCUUCGCGCCAGUCAAGGGGCGGGGAAGACCUUCGCAUGCAACACUACAGAGGGUGUUGCGCACUUCCGCUCACGCCGCGCCGCUGGGGACUGGAAACCCAUUAAACCCACUAACACUUCACACCCUGCUGACGAAGAAGGCGCCGAAGGAAGGGGUGAAGGUGCAGGAGUGUUGUCUCUCGCCCUACGCGGGGAGAAACGCUCAGAUCAGACGGGGCAGAGUUCAGCACCGCAUAUUGUUCUACCACAGGGCCCGCGUGUGUUUGAGCGGGUGGCGGAGGGCAGGGACCACGGCCACAAGGGACACGGAAAGGGGCAUGGCAAGGGACACAAGGGCCAUGGCAAAGGACACGGGCAUGGCGGCGGUGGAUACGGACACGGGGGCGGACACGGGGGUGGACACGGGGGUGGACAUGGGGGAGGGUACGGCCAUGGGGGCUACAAGGCUGCUAGUUACGAUUACAAGCCACCGUCGUACCACAAGGGCCCUAGUUACCACCCAGCACCGUACAAGGGCCCCGCCUACAGCCCCUACGACUUCCAGGCCAAGGGGAAGGCCAAGUUUAACAAGAAGGUGAAAUACGGAGACGACCCGGUGAAGGAGUCGCAGAAGGCGCACUACCAUCAGCAGGGAGACAAACCCCUGGCGUUCUUCGGGGGCUUCGGAGGGGGCGGCACUGUUGGUUACGGGCACGGGGGCGGCUACGGGGGAGGUCACGGAGGUGGGGGUGGGUAUGGCAAGGGGCAUGGUGGUGGGGAUCAUGGUGGCUACGGAGGGGGUCACGGAGGGGAUCACGGAGGGGGUCAUGGAGGUGGUUACGGUCAUGAUGAUGGGUAUGGCCACGGGGGAGGACACGGGGGAGGACACGGGGGAGGACAUGGGGGUGGAUACGGGUAUGGUAAGAUGGUGGACACAUACCAGAGCCACGAACCGCACUAUGGCAACACAGACCCAGCCCCGACCUAUCAAACCCACGCCCCUGCCCCUACCUACAACCCCCCUGCCCCAAGCUACAACCCUCCUGCCCCUACCUACAACCCCCCUGCCUCGAGCUACAACCCCUCUACAUAUAACCAGAACACGUAUGACCCCCUGCCUCUGUCGCACGCCCCUGUCGCUCCCCACGGCCCCCCUGCCACGUCCUACAAACCCAAGGGCCCUGUCAUCACGUACGAGAUUUUGGAUGACCCCUACAACACGUACAACCCAAAGAUGACGUCAGUUUGCCCAAGAGUGAAGGAUUAGAAUCGUCCUACAGCAAGGCGAGAAUUGGAACCUCCUCUGUUUUGCAAGCGAGAUCUGAUUCGAAGGAGAAGGAGGAUAAGGAGGACUCAAAUAAAGGAUCCAGUGAGUCCUCCUUCUCUCCUCCAGAUUUCUUCAGCUCCUCCAAUCCUGUUAAUGUAAAGAUUAAGAGGUUCGAUCCCUUUUCCGACCUCUUUGCUGAUUUUAAAAGGGAUUAAGGACACAAGGAUGGAAGGAUUGAAGGAUUGAAGGGUGGAUGUGUAGGAUUGAGAGAGAGAGGAUGUGUUUUCACUAAUUAGGAUGUGAAUAUCUAGUCUUGUUUCUUUUCUUUAUGUCUUUUUGUCAAUUUGUUAAGCGGCUGGCCCGUGUGUCUGUGUGUCUGUCUGUCUGUGUGUGCGUGCGUGUGCGUGUGUGUGUGUGUCCCUAAAAAAUUUACUUAAGAAUCUUCCUUAACGUUAGUCUUUAAUCUCUGUUUGUUUGCCUUGUUUUUACUUGUUUGUUUACUUGUUUACUUGUUUGCCUGACUUACUGUUGACAUUUGAAGACCAUUUACAAUUCUAUUUUCUUGUAAUUCAUAAACAGGUUGAUAGGAAAAAGAAAAAGAGAAAAAAAGAAGAAAAGUCAACAUAAUUUUCUUUUUAAAGGAGUUGUAGGUUCGACACCCGUUUUCUUUAAUACAAUUGCCGCGUCAC